UUGCUGCGGGGUCUGCGAGCGGCGCUUCAUUGUCGGGAACGGCGGCGACAUGAGGGGCGAUCGAGGUCGCGGCCGCGGCGGCCGCUUCGGUUCCAGGUUCCGGCCCUUUGUGCCCCACAUCCCCUUCGACUUCUAUGUCUGUGAGAUGGCGUUUCCCCGCGUCAAGCCCGCAGCAGAUGAGACAGCCUUCAGCGAGGCCCUGCUCAAGAGGAACCAGGACCUGGCUCCCACCGCUGCCGAGCAGGCUUCCAUCCUGUCCCUGGUGACCAAGAUCAACAACGUCAUCGACAAUUUGAUUGUGGCACCGGGGACGUUUGAAGUGCAAAUCGAGGAGGUUCGCCAGGUGGGCUCCUACAAGAAGGGGACGAUGACGACGGGGCACAACGUGGCGGAUCUGGUGGUGAUCCUGAAGAUCCUGCCCACCCUGGAAGCCGUGGCAGCCUUGGGGAACAAAGUGGUGGAGAGCCUGCGGGCACAGGACCCCGGCGAAGUCCUGACCAUGCUGACCAACGAGACCGGCUUCGAGAUCAGCUCUGCCGACGCCACGGUGAAGAUCCUCAUCACCACGGUGCCGCCCAACCUGCGCAAGCUGGACCCGGAGCUGCACCUGGACAUCAAGGUGCUGCAGAGCGCCCUGGCCGCCAUCCGGCACGCGCGCUGGUUCGAGGAGAACGCCUCGCAGUCCACGGUGAAGGUUCUCAUCCGCCUGCUCAAGGACCUGCGGAUUCGCUUCCCCGGCUUCGAGCCGCUCACGCCCUGGAUCUUGGAUCUGCUGGUGGGCGUUGCUGUGGCCCGCAUCCCAGCAGGAGUCGGGAUUCUUCCCCCAGGCUGGGAUUCUUCUCUUCUCCCUGCGCUAAUUCCCGUUCCUUUCCCCUCGCAGGGGCACUACGCCGUGAUGAACAAUCCCACCCGGCAGCCCCUGGCCCUCAACAUCGCCUACAGGCGCUGCCUGCAGAUCCUGGCCGCCGGGCUCUUCCUGCCCGGCUCCGUCGGCAUCACGGAUCCGUGCGAGAGCGGCAACUUCCGCGUGCACACGGUGAUGACGCUGGAGCAGCAGGACAUGGUGUGCUACACCGCCCAGACCCUGGUGCGCAUCCUCUCCCACGGAGGGUACCGGAAAAUCCUGGGGCAGGAAGGCGACGCCAGCUACCUGGCGUCCGAGAUGUCCACGUGGGACGGGGUGAUCGUGACGCCGUCCGAGAAGGCGUACGAGAAACCUCCGGAGAAGAAGGAAGGGGAGGAGGAAGAGGAAAACCAGGAAGAGCCGGCGGCGGGCGAGGAGGAGGAGAGCAUGGAGACGCAGGAGUGAGGGCACGGCGACACCUGCGCUGCCUGGAGCGGGUGAGGGGACACCGGCCGAGGGACCCCGGGGCGUCCGGGCCCCUCCUCGCUCACCGGCCGUGUCCCUGGGCCAUGUCCCCGUUUUGUACAUUGCGUAAUAAAGUGUUCACCCUUUC